UACUUGUUUCUCUCAUACAUUUUAGUGUUAAUAUGGCAGAAUAACCAUGGGAGACUGGAAUUUCCUUGGAGGCAUUUUAGAGGAGGUCCACAUUCAUUCCACUAUUAUUGGAAAGAUUUGGCUAACGAUCCUCUUCAUAUUUCGAAUGCUUGUCCUUGGAGUGGCAACUGAGGAUGUUUGGAAUGAUGAACAAUCAGAAUUUAUAUGCAAUACUGAGCAGCCUGGUUGCAGAAAUGUGUGCUAUGAUGAGGCCUUUCCCAUCUCUCUCAUAAGAUACUGGGUCUUGCAAGUUAUAUUUGUGUCUUCCCCUUCCUUGGUGUAUAUGGGUCAUGCCUUAUACCGACUAAGAGCCUUGGAAAAAGAAAGGCAAAAAAAGAAAGCUCAGGUAAGAGUGGAACUUGAAAGCACUGAAUUAGAAAUGACUGAAAAUCGUAAAAGACUGGAGAGAGAGCUCCGACAACUGGAUCAAAGAAAGCUGAACAAAGCACCCCUGAGAGGCUCUCUGCUCUGCACUUACGUGAUACAUAUUUUCACAAGAUCUGCAGUGGAAGUUGGCUUUAUGAUUGGGCAGUAUCUUCUUUAUGGUUUUCAUUUAGAUCCCCUUUAUAAAUGUCAGAGAGACCCAUGUCCAAACACAGUUGACUGCUUUGUAUCUAGACCAACAGAAAAGACAGUGUUUAUAUUAUUUAUGCAAUCAAUAGCAACUGUAUCAUUGCUUUUAAAUAUUCUAGAAAUUAUCCACUUAGGAUUCCGAAAAAUUAAAAUGGGACUCUGUGAGCAGAAUAAAACCAAAGAUGACUCUGAGAAUUUCUACAUAAACAAAUCUAAGAAAUACUCUGUGAUACCACACUCUUCUUUGGGAAUAUCCACCACCCCUCAGAAAACACUUCCUUGUGCUCUUAGCAAUUAUACCUUUUUGAUGGAAAAGCAAACUGACACUAUGCUCUACCCAGUGUUAAAUUCUCCUUCUGUGUUUCUGUCUGUGCAAAAUAACCGUACAGAAAGCAGCAGCAAUUACACCCAUUGCAAUCAGGAAAAGAAAUCUCCAAAGAAGAGGCCAGCUACAAAUGCUUUGGACAGUCAGACUCAAAAUGCUAGCACAAAUAAUAAUGAAGGCUUUCUUGGUGAGCUUUGGACUGAGACGCAUGAUGCACAAGAAGAGGCUGAAAAGAAACAUUUUCUUAUUGAUACUCAGAAUGCAGAUACUGCUGCAAACAUGUACUUGAGAAGCUUUGCUGAGAUGCCAUCUCAAACUUCAUUGCAACCUGGUACAACUUUUCCUAGUACCAGUCCUCGACGACAGGCAAUGGUUGAGAGCACAGGAGCACCAACAACUUCUCUUGCAAAGAAUGGUGACAGAAGACAAAGCAGUUUCAGUGCAAACAAAGCCCAAAUUCCUUACAAUGCUGAUGGAAAAAAUUCCAGCCGACCAGACACCUCUGAUUCUAUGGGGGUGGUGAGCUCAGAAUCUACACAAAGCAGAAACUGGAAUAGUCCUAAGCUUUUCUCUCUGUCUAGGCAACAGUCACUGUCAAGUAAUGCCAGCAGCAGGCGUGCCCCCACUGAUCUUCAGAUAUAACAUGAGUUAACUCAUUAGCUGCACUAACCAAUGCUGGGAUAAUUCCUGAACAGAGACAUAACCCAGACCCGUGUUAAAUAAUUCCACUUUAAACCAGCUCUUUACAUAGGUAGAGAAGUUGUGUAACCCUUUGAAUAGUAGCUAAGUAAUUUUAAACAGUCUCUUUACUUCCUUUGUAAUGCAAAUGUGGCAUAGACCUCAGUGUAUAAACUUCCACACUCCAGCUAAAAAGGAAAACAUACAUCCCUCAAUCACAUAUUUGGAAAAAGCCAGGCAUAAAAUCACAGCUGAUACUAUUUAAACUUAAUAAAAGUAGAAGACAAAAUUUUCAGUCUAACGAUAUUUUUUACAAAGUCCAGUAAAUGAAAUUGGGCUAAAGAUGCUCUCAGAAGAACGUAUUGGUAAGCAUGUCUGCCUAAUCAGUCUGAGAAUUCAAACAGACAUUUGGUAGCUGACCAAAAGCAGAAUGUCAAACUUAUUCCACUGUUCAGACUGUUGUAAAUACAAAGAGAAAAGCAUUUACAAAACAGAUAAUUAAUUCUUUGGCUCCAUGGUACAGUUUUUUUUCAGUGUAUCACCACUGACUUCCUCAGCAGAAAAAUCAAAGUGAAUUCCUUAUAGUAUACUGUCAGAAUUCAAUACACCACUAAUUUUUUUAAAACAUCAUGAAUUACAGAUGUGAGCUUUACUUUUGACAUUUUUCAUAACUAAUAAGAUAGCAAAAUCAGAAACCAAGUUACUGAAAUUUACUUAUCAGACAUUUUGAAUUUCACAAACCAGAAGGCUUAUGGAAAACAGAAAAAAACCAAAACCAAAAACAGAGAACCAAAAAAAAGCAAAUAUGGUAAUACCUUCCUGAUUUCAGUUACAAUGUCAAAAGACAUAUAAAAGGUUUAUCAAACAGUAAAACUACUCCUUUUCUGUUUGUCUCUCCCCUGAAUUCUGAUAAACUUUUAAAUCAAACAAAGCUUCUACCUAUUUAGGAGGAGCAUUUCUGUUUAUGCUUUUUAUGGGGAAAACAAAACAUUAGGACAUUUAUCCACUUGCUGUUCAGGUCCAUAUGGUGUACAGGAAGUUCCAUGAAACAUCUUAAAAUAAUAAAGGAGGCAAAGAUGAACAAAAUACUAUGGUACAUUUAUAAUCAAGCUUUCUAUGUGUGAAAUACAUUUAUUUGAGUUGCACAGCACCAAAACACUGUAGAUGCUUGGUGAGGUGGUCCCAGCUGUAAUGCAUUCAUAUUUUUGUGUGUAUUUUUUACUAGCAGAUUUGACAUACUGUUCAUGUACUGGAAAAAAUAAAUUGUGAGAUACAGGAUAAUGAUGUUACAGCACAAUUAAAUUCUUAAGGUGCACUGUCGUUAUGCUUACCAGACAGCCCUGAUUGACUGAAAACUGUACAAUACUGCAAAGGAGCCAGAAAACCUAAAAGGCUCUUUUGCUUGUAGCAGCAACAUUAAUCUGGUCCUGUCAAUGUAAGAAAUACACACUAGAACUAUUAAAACUAUUCGCUGUAGAUUUCUCUCCAGCAACUAUCCUUUUCACUUCUAUGUGUAUAAAUAAAUACAGCCCUACAUAAUUGUGUUUACACUGUAAAAUUGAAGGUUGUAUAAUAUACUGGAAUGUGCAUUACUGUAUAAUGUGACUUAGGCAAGUUAAUGCUGCUGCUGUGGCUUUGAUUCUUGCAUUUCUUGAUGCAUAAAAUUCUGUGGGCAAUAACUGCUAAUGCUUGUUUUGCAUUUAAUCUCUCCAUAAUAAAAAGCCUCAUAUUUAA